UCCCGCUUCUUCAUUCCCAUUCGAAAAUUAAAAAAAAUAAGUUUUUUCAUAAUAGUAAUAAUAAUCACAACAGUACUCAUCUCAUUUCCUCCAAAACCCUAAAAUCAAUCAAUCAAUCAAUCAAUCAAACAGUUUCUUCACUCAACUCCACCACUAAACCACAACACCCAAUCCCUCUCCUCCCUCUCCGCUUCUCCCCAGCUUCAUCGAAGAAAGAGAAGAGAAGGUCACGCUUUUUGUUCUCACUUUACGGAUACUGAUCUCUCCGGUUCCAUCAGAUUUAAGUGUUGAAAGCAAUGGCAAUGGAGAUCACUCAGUUUCUAUUGGCUGCCCAAUCACCAGAUGCAAAUAUCCGUACUCAGGCAGAGGCUAGUCUUAGGCAGUUCCAAGAGCAGAGCUUGCCCCUUUUCCUCUUAUCAUUGUCAGUGGAGCUUGCAAACAAUGAGAAGCCUUUGGAAUCACGUAGGUUGGCUGGUAUUGUUCUUAAAAACUCUUUAGAUGCUAAAGAUUCUGUGAGAAAGGAACAUCUUGUUCAGCAAUGGAUGGCAAUUGAAAUUUCCAUGAAAGCACAAAUCAAAGACUUGCUCCUGAGGACUCUUGGGUCAUCUGCAUCAGAAGCAAGACACACUUCUGCCCAAGUAAUUGCAAAAGUUGCUUCCAUUGAGAUUCCACGGAAGCAGUGGCCUGAGCUUAUCGGAUCAUUGCUUAAGAAUAUGACCCAGCAAGAUAGUCCUGCAGCUUUGAAACAGGCAACAUUGGAAACUCUUGGAUAUGUUUGUGAGGAGAUAUCCCACCAGGAUCUUGUGCAGGAUGAAGUGAACUCUGUUCUCACUGCUGUUGUCCAAGGCAUGAACCUUGCUGAACAUAGUUGUGAAGUACGCCUUGCUGCUACAAAGGCCUUAUAUAAUGCCUUAGAUUUUGCUCAGACCAACUUUGAAAAUGAUAUGGAGCGGAAUUACAUAAUGAAGGUGGUAUGCGAGACAGCAAUUUCUAAAGAGGCAGAUAUCAGGCAGGCUGCUUUUGAGUGUCUUGUUUCUAUAGCGUCAACAUACUAUGAUGUGCUUGAACCUUAUAUGCAGACCCUCUUCCAGCUCACAUCAAAUGCUGUGAAAGGGGAUGAAGAGAGUGUUGCCCUCCAAGCAAUAGAAUUCUGGAGCUCCAUUUGUGAUGAAGAGAUAGAGCUUCAAGAAUAUGGGACCCUUGAAGGUGGAGAUUCGGGGUCUACUCAUUCACGCUUCAUAGAAAAGGCCCUCCCAUAUCUUGUUCCUUUGUUGUUGGAUACUUUGUUGAAACAGGAGGAGGAUCAGGAUCAGGAUGAUAGCAUUUGGAAUAUAUCCAUGUCAGGGGGCACCUGUCUAGGUCUUGUUGCUAGAACUGUUGGGGAUUCUGUUGUGAAACUAGUAAUGCCCUUUGUAGAGGGUAAUAUUCUGAAGCCAGAUUGGCAUUGUCGUGAGGCAGCCACAUAUGCAUUUGGCUCAAUUCUAGAAGGCCCUAGCCUUGAAACAUUAGGUCCGCUUGUUUCUAAUGGCUUGGAUUUUCUGCUUAAUGCGAUGAGGGAUGAAAAUAAUCAUGUUAAGGACACAACUGCAUGGGCUCUUAGUCGUAUUUUUGAGUUUUUGCACUGUCCUGCCAGUGGAUUUUCUGUGGUUUCCCCAGAGAACCUGGAAAGGAUUGUAACUGUCUUGCUGGAGAGUAUUAAUGAUGCUCCAAAUGUAGCUGAGAAGGUUUGUGGGGCAAUCUAUUACCUUGCACAGGGAUAUGAAGAUGCUGGAACAAAUUCCUCACUUCUAACUCAAUACAUCCCUAGGAUAAUCUCUGAACUUCUCAAAACUGCUGAGCGGUCAGAUGGGAGCGAUUCUAAGAUCAGGACUUCUGCUUAUGAAACAUUGAACGAGGUUGUUAGGUCGUCCAAUAUUGUGGAAACAUCUCAAAUUAUUUUGGAACUGCUCAAAAGCGUCUUGCAUAAGUUGGGGCAGACUAUAGAUCUUCAAAUUGUCUCAUCAGACGAUAGAGAGAAGCAAGGGGACUUGCAAGCAUCCCUUUGUGCUGUUAUCCAGGUGAUUGUCCAAAAGCUUAGCAGCACUGAUGAGACCAAGCCCAGUAUACUUCAGGCUGCAGAUACAAUUAUGUUUCUGUUCCUCAGGGUUUUUGCUUGCCGCAGAUCUACUGUGCACGAGGAAGCAAUGCUUGCAAUUGGUGCACUGGCUCAUGCCUCUGGUCCAGAAUUUGAGAAGUACAUGCCUGAGCUAUAUAAGUACCUGGAGAUGGGAUUACAGAAUUUUGAGGAAUAUGAGGUUUGUGCCAUCACAGUUGGGGUGAUUGGUGACAUUUGCCGUGCAUUGGAGGACAAGGUCUUACCUUACUGUGAUGGGAUCAUGAACCACCUUGUCCGCAAUCUCCAAAGUGCUGAACUCCACCGGUCAGUUAAGCCUCCAAUAUUUGCCUGCUUUGGUGAUGUUGCUCUUGGGAUAGGUGAGCAAUUCUCUAAGUACGUUGAGCCUACAGUAGCAAUGAUGCGGAGCGCUGCUGAGGUCUGUGCUCAGAUGGACAAUAGUGAUGAGGAGUUGAUGGAUUAUGGCAACCAGCUUAAGCGUAGCAUAUUUGAAGCUUAUUCUGGUAUUCUUCAGGGAUUCAAAGAUUCCAAGCCUGAGUUGAUGCUGCCACAUGCUGGUCAUCUUUUCCAGUUCAUAGAAGUGGUUUUCAGAGAGAAAUAUAGGGAUGAGAGUGUCACAAAAGCAGCAGUUGCCGUGAUGGGUGAUCUGGCGGAUGCUCUUGGUCCUAACACAAAGAUACUGUUCAAAGACAACGCAUUCUGCAUUCAAUUUCUUGGCGAGUGUCUUCAAUCCGACGACGAACAUCUCAAAGAGACUGCAAACUGGACCCAAGUGAUGAUCGCUCGCGUUGUUUCAUGAGAUGGAGCUCAGCUUUCAGAGUAAAAGUUGUUUAUGGUCAUUGGUUACUACAUCUAGAAUAGGCACCUUCUAGUUUGGGUAGGCUGUGAGGGAACCCGGAAAAAAAAAGGUCUUAAAGGAUGUGAAAUCUUUACGAUUUUUGGUAAUCCGUCCGCUCUGAGUGGGGAUAGGAGAGAAUGUUGUCAAAUGCAAGCGCCGUAGUACUCUGGUUCUGGUUCGUUUUAAUGUAUCCACUAAUCGGUGGUCAUUUUUAAGGUA